AGAGGUCAUGUCAACAUUGUCAACAAUCAUAAACAAAUAGGAUUGAAAUUAUUUUUUUACCUAAAAAUUCUACAAAUCGAUAACUUUUAUCUCCAAGAGUAACAACAAUCAACAACAAAUGGAAUUGGAGCAGUACAACGUGAAUGAUUGAUAAAACUAAUACUCAGAAUGUUGGAAAUGGACGUCCGCAAUCAAAAAUUGGAACAACAGCGACAGCUCAUGGAACAGAAAAUGAAGCAAAAAAGACUUACAUCCGGCAUGAUACAGGUAUCAGAUAUUCGGAAUAAUUCUGCAAACAGUAGAAACAGUGUUAAUUCCAAUAGGAGAGAUCUUCAUGGCUAUGAUGGUCCUCUUCAGUUCGCAAUGAGUAAUGAUAAUAAUCCAGAUCAGGUUAUAUCCAUUUUGCCUAGUGUGGAUAGUAUGGAUGGAACAUUGGUAGAAGACCUAACCAAUGCAUCAAGUGACUUAAUGGAUGUGGAAGAUGAAGAAUCUUCCCCUGUAGCCUCUACACCAAAUGACAAUGGUAACAUGCCUAUUAAUCCAAUUCCAGACAAGCCAAACUUUAUACAUCAUACUAAUGGGGCUUCUGAAGUAGAAGGCGAUAUAGAAGGUAAUGUAGAAAAGUUUAUCCUACAACCUGCCCAACUCAAGGUACUAUACAAAUGUAGAAUAACGAGAGAUAGGAAAGGAAUGGAUAGGGGGUUAUAUCCAACUUAUUACCUUCAUCUAGAGAAAGACUAUGGUAAGAAAGUGUUUCUUUUGGCAGCUAGGAAAAGGAAAAAGAGUACUACAAGUAAUUAUUUGAUAUCUACUGAUCCAACUGAUUUGUCUCGAAGUGCUGACUCAUUUGUAGGUAAACUCAGGUCUAAUUUGAUUGGAACUCAGUUUACAGUGUAUGACAAUGGCAUAUCUCCACGCAAAGCAAAUCUGAAGGAUGGUGUAAUUCCUAGACAGGAACUAGCUUCUGUUAUAUAUGACACCAAUGUGUUGGGAUUUAAAGGUCCUCGCAAGAUGACUGUAAUUAUACCAGGGAUGGUGGAUGAACAAAGGGUUACCAUAUAUCCUCAGGAUGAGAGUGAAGGCCUCAUAGAAUCAUGGAAAGCUAAAAAUAUGGAUAAUAUCACAGAGUUACACAACAAGACACCGGUUUGGAACGACGAAACCCAGUCGUAUGUUUUGAACUUUCACGGUAGAGUUACUCAAGCAUCUGUUAAGAAUUUUCAAAUUGUUCACGACAGUGAUACAGAUUAUGUUGUUAUGCAGUUUGGCAGAGUUGCUGAAGAUGUAUUUACCAUGGAUUUCAGGUAUCCUUUAUGUGCACUACAAGCUUUCGCGAUCGCUCUGAGUAGCUUUGACAGCAAGUUGGCUUGUGAGUAAGUAUCUCGAUGUAUUGAACAUUCCAAAACGUGCCUCGAAUAUUUUAAACGGAAUAUUGAGCUUAGAUUGUGAAUUGUUUUUAGUAUUUUAAGAAUUUUUUAUAACAUUUACACAAUUAGUUUAAAAAUGAAUUUGUUUUUUCUCGUUUUUGAAUAAACGCAGGAAUUGAUUAGAGAAGAGGAGUUAACAGAUCAUUAGUUUGAUGUUGAUAUUUGGAGAAAAAGCUAUUCAUGUAAUGAAUUGUCGUAGACCUAGAUCAAAUUGCUUGUACCAAUUAAUAUGUUAAGCUAUCAUAUGAAUUUAAAAUGGAAAUUACCAUAUAAGAACUCUUUUACAGCUCCCGGAAGUAUCUAAACAUUCCGUAUAUGUAUUUGGCACUUAGGACUUUUCUAUUGGUUCUUUGCGGCACGUGGCCAUAUUUUAACAAAUAGGCGGCGAGGUGCCAAACACGUAUAUGGAAUGUGAUUUGGUGCCAAAUUCAUGUACGGAAUGUUAAAUAUUCGUAGACCAAAAAAGACGACUUUUUAUUAAAGUCAGUUAAGAGAAGACUGAUUUGAAAAUAUUUAUUAAUGUAUUAUUAAAGAAUUAAAGAAAAAUAAAACAAUGCAAUAGGAAAUAAAACAAAACAUAUUUGCAUAAUUAAUAAAAAAAUUAAAUGUUUUAAAUGUAAUAUUUAUGAGAAAUUCAAUGUCCUUCGCCAUGUUUAGUUUCAUUUGUUUGAUUUGCUGCAAUGUUGGAAGAAAGAUUGUGACGCCUUUUUAACCUUUUUUUAAAAGGUUCAUCUUUAGGUGGUCGACCAAAUGGUAAUCUUUUUGCCCCUUUAGUAACACCCAUCUUUCUUCGACUGAUUGAUGUUAGUUGCACUAUUAUAUUGGCCUUGUCCAAGUAGCCUUGCCAAGGAACUUCCUGCCGUGUUUAACAAACUUUCGUGCAAUAAUUUUAGCGUUGAUGAAUCAGUUCCAAAUGUUACAUUUUUAUCUUGUAGCGUCUAAAAUCUGUAUAAGAAAAUUCUUGUUGUUCAGCUGUUUCAUUUUUGUUUAAAAGAAUAUCUUAUCUAACAUUAUUUUCAUCAAUAUUAUUAAUGCUGUUAUUAAUAUAAUGUUCUGUAAUACAUUUACUGGAUUCUGCAAGCGCGUUAUAAAAUGAAAAAGGUUGAACUUUUUCACCAAAAGCUAAUUUAGCUUCUUAUUGUUUUAUUUUUCUUUAAUAAUACAUUAACAAAUAUAAUCAGUCGCCUUUUAACUGACUUUAAUAAAAAGUCGUCUUCUUUAGUCUACGAAUAUUUAACAUUCCGUAUAUAAAUUUUGCACCAAAUAACAUUCCAUAUACGUGUUUGGCACCUCGCUGUCUAUUGGUUGAAAUAUGGCCGCUUGCCGCAAAGAACCAUUAGAAAAGUUCUAGGUACCAAAUACACAUACGGAAUGUUUAGAUGCCUCCCGGAACGAACCAUGGCCGAUGAGAAGCGCUGUCGUCGGUCGUACACCCAUCUAAACUUUACGCAGAGAGGAUCUCUCUCACCGGCCAUGGUUCGCUCUGGGAGCUGUAUAAGGUUAUCUUUUCGUUUACGGUGAUAUAGCAGCAUCCAGAAAGCUGCUUCCCAGGCAACUAAAGAACGUUUACAAAACGUUGAAAAGACGUCAUAAUUAUUACCAAACCACGUCAGUUUGUCACGUUUUUUCGACGUCGAAACUCACGUGGAUGUGUCCCACCAUAACUGACGUCAUUUUUAUCACGUUUUAAAUAGGUGAUAUAAAAACGUAGUUUUUAUGUCGUUUUUUAGAUUAUUUUUCAUUUUAUGGUUUUAAAAAUACACAAUAAUAAUUAUUCGUAUGGGUAUUGUUAGUAUUGCAAUUUUUGCAAUUUUAACUGUUUUAAAUUUAGCUUAUAGGCUAAAGUAUACUUACUGUGUCAAAACUGAAACAACAUAUAAACUAAUAAAUAAUUUAUUAACAAAUUAGUUUAAUUAAACUCGAUAACACAUCGUCCCCUUAAUACGUUAAUCAUUAUUUACCAUUAUCGAUAUAAUUUUUCACGCUCUUUUUAAUACUACAACUAGAUAAGUUAUAUUCCCAUUCUAUACAAUGUAUACUACAACUAGAUAACUCGAAAUUUUGCGAUUUUGAGUUAUCUAACAUUAUCGAUAUAAUUUUUCACGCUCUUUUUAAUAUCGCAAAAUUUUGAAUUACCUAGUUGUAGUAUUAGGAGGACGACAUAAUUAGUUCAUUAACAGAAAAUAUUCACCAAAAGAAAACACAUAACCUGAAACCGUUUUCAAGAAGAACUAUCACAAGAACUAUUGCAGUAAACUAACUCACAACUCACUUGAGAAAAACGUAUAAAAAUCUGUUAAUUAACACGUUUCUUCAACUAAAUAUCUAAAUGAAAAGUCCUUUUUCACCACACAAAGCACGUAAACAAUAAAUGAAAAAUUUUCUAAGACAAUUUAAGCUUAUACGUCAAUAUAACAACAUUAUCAGGGUUGCCAGGUCAGUGUUUACUUUUUCAGUAGUUUUGCUUUCAAAAAUCAGUAAGUAUAUUCUUUUUAGGCCAUGUAAAUACAGUAAAACCUGUGUUAUCGGUCAUCUGUACUAACGGCUAGUUUCAAAAUUCUCAAAACCAAUUAUAUGAAGAUUUCCUUAUUUAAAUAAUACCAGGUCAUAACUAUUAUGACCUGGUAUUUGCGGCCAUCUUUAUAAUACGGACGUGGCCAAAUAAACUCGUAUUUUUAAAGCCCGUUUCAUAGAAAUGUACCUGUUAAUAACGGCCAAUAUAUGUUGAUAGAUUUCAGUAGGUCACUAAUUGGAGUGAAAAUCAGUAGGUCCACUGAAAAAUGAGUAGAGCUGGUAACCCUGAACAUUAUAAGCAUUAACCCGUUAAGCUCCUCCCAUUUUUGUGACGUCAGACUUGGGCUGUCUGAAAUACUCUGAAAUGAAAACGUAUUUUUAAACGUAUUUUAACGUCAUUAAUCUUACUAUUUUAAAUCACCUACAAAAGACGUUUAUACCACGUAAUGUUCAAACACGUGUAUAUAUUUAACCAAUAGCUGACGUUUCCUCGACGUUAUUGACGUCACUUGGUUGCCUGUGUUUUUAUUUGAUGUCUCUCUAUAUUUUUAAAUAUGACAAUACGAGGGUGAUUCGAUAUUAAUCUAGCUUAAGUAAGAAAACGAACGACUUUUGUUAUUCUUUUCAGAAUAAUUUGAUACUAUGAUUUGAUACCCCUUUAGAUACUAUGUCUUGGUAAUUGUAACAGCAGCUGUCGCUAAUUUCACUUUUUCUGUAAUCCGGUCCCCAAGGAACUCAUUAACAUGUAUAGUUCUAUUUUGAGACAUCUUUUUUUGAAUCUAUGAUCUAGUUAGUAUAGUUCUUCCACUCAAACUUUUCCCAUACAUGAAAUUAUUCAGGAAUUAGUUUUAUACUAGGUCUCUUUUUUACUCACGGUAAGUAGUAUCGCAAAAUUAAGCCGCUUGACCAUCAUCAUCAUCAUUGGCUCUAAAACCCAUGGUGGGUCUUGGCCUGUUCCAGAAUCAGCUUCCAUUUCUUCCUAUCUUUCGUGGUCUUCCAACUUCGUACUCCUAACACUCGCAAGUCGUCUUACACCUGGUUCUUAAAUCGUGCUCUGGUCCUGCCUCUUCUCCUCACUCCAUCCAGUCUCUGGCUAUAAAUGUGUUUCGGCGGCUCCAGCUCAUUCAUUCUCCCUAAGUGGCCUAGCCACCGCAGCCUGUUUAUUUUCGUAGAUCUACCAAUACCAGGCUCACUAUAUAAAGGUAGUAAAGCUCAAAAUUAUAGCGUCUAAACUAUAAUCCGUUUUCCUGUAUGCCUUUACAGAUAUGUCUGAGGAUUUUACGCUCAAAACAGCCUAACUGUUCUUCAUUAUUUUUGGUAACAUCCACGUUUUGUUUCUGACGCCUAAGUGAAGACAGGUUUGAUUAUAGUUCUGUAUAUCAAUAUUUUUGUUCUUUUUGUGACUAUGUUUGAUGUUAAAAGUUUCGUUAAUCCAUAGUACGCAACUAUUUGCUAGAUAUAUACGUCUGUUAAUUUCUGUAGUUACUGUAUUACUUUGGUUGAUGUGUGAGCCUAGAUAUACGAACUUUCUUACUCCUUCGAAAGUAUAUAGUUUUAUUAAUAUUAACUUGUAGUCCUAUUCUUUUUGCUGUUGCCUCCAAUGCCAUGAACGAUUGAACCAGGCCCGCCUUCCUUCUUGCUAUGAUAUCAAUGUCAUCUGCAGAAGCUAGUAUUUGUACACUCCUAUUAAUAAUGGUCCCUCUUGUUAUUCCAUAUUCUCUAAUAUAUUUCUCUAGGGCAAUGUCGAAAUAGAAGGCACCGGAUAGAUGUCAAAACCGAUAGCAAUUUGUUGCUAUGCAACAUCAUAGAUUAAUUAUAAACACCCUCGUAUUUGCUUACAUAUUUAUUAGUUUGGAAAAUAUGAUUUCGCAUUUUAUUUAUUACGUUUCGACACUGUUAAUGAGACGUGUAACAUUUUUUCAUCUAAAUAAAUCACUUGUAUAUUUUAAGAACUGCUGUAAACAUCACAUUGUUUUUCGUUGUCACUUUUAUUCAUUAUUAAUCCAUGGUUUUCGGAAUGUUCAUUUUAUAUUCUGAUUAAAACUAGCUGUAUUGCGUGCAAAGUAAGUAUGCCAGCAUUUUUGUUUUAUAAUUUAUAUGUUGUGCUGCCAAUACUACUUGUGGAAUAUUUGUUACAUGAAUUGCCUUUUAAAUUUUUUAUGAUUUGUCCUAGUGCUUUCAAACACGAAAUAAUGAAACGUCCUGAAUAUUUUCAAACUGUAAAUUCAAAUUGAAAAUAACAGCUACACUAAGAAAGUUUAAAACAGCUUAUAUCAAGCUUACAAAAUUUCAUUAUUUUGGCCACUUCGAGCUUUCGACUCCAUUUUUGGAGGUUGGAUCACGACUUAUUCCGGGACAAGAGUCUUCCGAGUCCCCAUGUCACUUAAGCACUACAUUCACUAUAAUACUAUUUUAUUUAUACGCACAACAGGUCCUUUAGACCUAGGGCAUUUUUCUAAAACAUAAUUAUAAGAUUAACUAAUUACAAUUAUUGUUUUAAACAACACUAAAACUUACGUAUUUACAAAUCCUUUAACUACUCUGAAGGACCUGAUGAACAAUAUUUCUCCAUUCACUUCUAUUUUAUGCUUUUCUUUUCCAGUCCUUCACCUUCAUGUGUUUAAGGUCUUCCUCCACUUUAUUAAUCCAUUUCGUUCUGGGUCAUACCUUCUUUUCGAACCGAUAAUAGUUUUCUGGUCAUAACUAGUUUAGGCAUAGGUCCUUUGUACAAAACCAUUAAUUCGUUCGUAUUAGCAUGCCAUAAUCAAUACUGGGGAGGCCUUUGUCCAGGAGUGGAUGCAAACAGGCUGAAAAAGAAGAAGAAUCAAUACUGUAGUUCCUAUUAUGCUGCGACAGUAUUUUUAUACCAUUGAUUGUGACAAGGGGAUUGGGUGGAUCAGUAGCACAACAUUUCUUCAGAAACUGGAUUAACCUAAGCCACGGUGGUAUUUUAUUGUAAGUAACCAGAUGCCGUCAUUUGUUUUUUGACAAAAAUCGAAGUCAUUGUUUGAAUUUCGAACGAGACAGUCGAUAUUACCAGUCUGCUUAUCUGUAGUUAAAUAUAAAUACAAAAAUAAAAAUCCAGUUUUUGUGGUGAAACAAAUUAAACGAUUUGGACCCAAAAACGGAUGGGACCCGGAUGGGAAACGGAUGGGACCCAAAAAACGAAAAUGGAUUCCGCUUCGACGGCGAUAAAUCAGAAUAUUCUGCAAUCUAACGAACCGAUGCAAUGUGACGCAAUGGGUUCUAACCAGCAGCCAGUGGCGUACGCUCCAAAAUACCAAAUGUGCACUGAUCAACAAUUACAAGGUAAUAUGCAAAUUUCUCAACCAUUCAACACAUCUUACUCUCAACCGUUACAGCAACCCCAAUAUACUAACCCACCUUCCACCUCAUUAAAUCAAACCGAAUGGAAAACAGUCGAAAACUCCAACAAAAGGCAUCGAACUAGUCCAGACAAAAGAACUGUAAAGCAAACAAAAAUAAACGAUUACUGGCUGAACUCGCCGACUACCACUUCUAACAGAUUCGAGGCACUAAAUAGCGACUCAAAAGAUGAUGAAAUAAAUGACAAUGAAAGCACAAGUGAAAAAGAGAAAAUAACCAAACCGCUUCCAAUAUUUAUUAAGGGGGUUAAGCACAUACCCCCACUUAUCGAAUUACUAAACAAAAUUGCUGAAAAUAAUUACGAAUUAAAAGUUCUUAGCUCCGAUCAAGUUAAACUUCAGCCAAAAUCUGCUGACUACUAUGGUACAAUAACAAAAGCCCUAUCGGAAAAAAAGACAGACUUUCAUACUUAUCAAAUAAAAAACGAGCGCAGUUUCAGGGUUGUUCUUAAGAACAUGCAUUACUCGAUGGACAAAAAUCUUAUAAAAAAGGAAAUAGAAGAGAAACGCCACACUGUUAAAAACAUUUGGAACAUCAAACACCCUAAAACUAAAGAUCAGCUAUCACUAUUUUUCGUCGACCUGGAACCUUCUGAUAAUAAUAGAAAUAUAUAUGACAUCGAGUUCCUAUUAAACCAUAAGAUUAAAAUUGAACCACCGUACCAAAAAAGAGAGAUACCACAAUGCUCUCGAUGUCAACGAUAUGGACAUACCAAGUCAUACUGCCACCUUAGACCACGAUGUGUAAAGUGCACUGGGGAUCAUGCAACAGAGCAAUGCUUUUUGGAGGUUGGAUCACGACUUAUUCCGGGACAAGAGUCUUCCGAGUCCCCAUGUCACAUAAGCACUACAUUCACUAUAAUACUAUUUUAUUUAUACGCACAACAGGUCCUUUAGACCUAGGGCAUUUUUCUAAAACAUAAUUAUAAAAUUAACUAAUUACAAUUAUUGUUUUAAACAAAACUAAAACUUACGUAUUUACAAAUCCUUUAACUACUCUGAAGGACCUGAUGAACAAUAUUUCUCCAUUCACUUCUAUUUUAUGCUUUUCUUUUCCAGUCCUUCACCUUCAUGUGUUUAAGGUCUUCCUCCACUUUAUUAAUCCAUUUCGUUCUGGGUCAUACCUCUUCUUUUGGAACCGAUAAUAGUUUUCUGGUCAUAACUAGUUUAGGCAUAGGUCCUUUGUUCAAAACCAUUAAUUCGUUCGUAUUAGCAUGCUAUAAUCAAUACUGGGGAGGCCUUUGUCCAGGAGUGGAUGCAAACAGGCUGAAAAAGAAGAUGAAUCAAUACUGCAGUUCCUAUUAUGCUGCGACGGUAUUUUUAUACCAUUGAUUGUGACAAGGGGAUUGGGUGGAUCAGUAGCACAACAUUUCUUCAGAAACUGGAUUAACCUAAGCCACGGUGGUAUUUUAUUGUAAGUAACCAGAUGCCGUCAUUUGUUUUUUGACGAAAAUCGGGACGGUUUUACAUCUUCAUGACUUCCCAGGCGAUCUUUGAUUAGUAAAAAUGAAUGGGUUAAUAGUUCUGGAAUUUUCAAAAUGUAUUUUGUCGCCUGUUUGGAUAUAAUUCUGGGCUAGGACAGAAACGGAGUCGGAAUUGUAACUGCGUGCCGUCGUCUCUUUUGUUGGGGCAAUCGAGCAGUUUUUCCACUUUAAGGCAAGGUGCACAUUGAGACAGUGCGGCACAAGCCAUGCGGAGCAGCACACGCCACGUUUCCGUAUAUGUAGUGUGCACGACUGUAUAUUAAGUCGGAGCGCAGCGUAGGCCACGAAUGCCCCCAAAAAAAGAUGCGUCGCUCAGUGUUCAAGUCACAGUUAUCGUAUGCGUGCGUGUGUGCUCGUUAGAAAAAAUGCAGGAACUGUGUCACGAUACACUAACACCGGUAUGCUCGGUAGCCUAUCAAAAACUGGUCAGUUUUACGCAUGGCGUCACGGGCAAAGCAAUUCGCUUUUAUUUACGUUUUGUUUACGUACAUUGUGAUGUGAUAUUUGUGUUACUUCCUUAGUAUUUUUAUUUAAUGUCAUUGACAGCUUUAGAUGUAUUAUGCAUUACAUUUUAUAUUUUCCUUGGAAAUUCAUAACAUACAGGAAAUAUUUAACAAAUUCAUUACUUUCGGUAAAUACAAAUACAAUUUUUAUAGAUUACACAUGAGUUUAAACUCAUAUUAUUAAUUUGUAUUUACAAUAAUUAACAUCUACGUCAGUUUCAAAUUCUGCUUCGCAAGUGAUGUCACACUGCGAUGCGCCUGCACAUAUCGGUGAUUAGUGUAUCAUGAAUUAUGUGACAGUGUGUUUAGCCGACUCAACCUAUGAAUUUUAUGCAAUGGAUUGUUUGUGCUGCCCUGCGUAGCUUGUGUCGCAUGUGCCUCAAUGUGCGCUUUGCCUAAUGGCUGCUUGGAUGAUCCUUGGUUUAUCAAACCGGAUGUUUCGAAUUUUAUUUUUUAUUGAUUGGUUCGAAUAGGACAUAAAUGGAAUCGGAAUUGAUUCUAUUUCAAAUUCCUUAAUUAGUGUGACCUGAUUCGAGGAUCAGAGCGAGUAUUACGUAUGGGAUGUCCACGAGACACUUUACGUGAAGAUCCCUAGAUUAAUUAAUAUAAAAAUAUCCACAAGGAAGAAUUUCCUGUAGCUGGCUGUAUACCAUUAAUUACAAGUAAAAUUUAAUAAAAAAUUAAUUGAAAAUUUUUAAAAACGUUUUUUAAAAAAUACUUAAGUGUCGCUUAAAACCAAGUUUUGAUUCCUUUUUCGGGUUUUCGGUGAACUUUACAAGAUCGACUGACUUUACAAAAUGAUUGACGUUACUUAAAUUAACUGACACUUUUUUUCAUUUUUUUUUUGGAAAUACAUAUUGAUAUAAGGCAUUCAUUGACUCGAUAGCGAGAUAGACAAAUGAAAGGUUUGCUGUCAGCUGUUUUAAAUCUUAAGAAAAUAUAUUAUGUACCAAAUUGAAAAUAUUCGGGAUUCUUUAUCAAGAUAUAGGCAAAAAUUUAUCUCAAAAAGUAGCUAUCUAAUUUCUCAACUAGAUAUGUGUUUCAUCUACGUACUUGUUACGUUUGACAGAAAUUAUAAACUGUAAUUUUAACGUUUCGUUACCAUAGAUUAUAUAUUAUAAGCUAGCGUUUAAUGAAUUCGUGAUUUAUUUAAUUAUGUAGUCGUAAUUUUUUCGCAAUAAUCUAAAAAUAUAAACAAUAAUAAUUA